AUGCCGAUGAAACUGUACGCCAACCCGGCGAACUACAAAACGAAGAAGGCCUUGAUCUGUGCGAAGUACGUCGGCCUUGAGGUCGAGUCGCCGAAGUCUACAGGAGACGACAAGGGACGAAUCCCCGUCCUUGAGACCGAGAAAGGGUGCAUCUUCUCGUCCAUGGCGAUCGCCAGGUACAUCUCUCGCAUAAGCCGCCCCCUCGGACUUUACGGACAGAACCUCCUGGAGAGCGGCAUGAUCGACUCAUGGUGCGAGUUCUGCACGAACGAGCUGGAGAUCCCUCUCUGCACCUGGGUGCUCCCUGCGAUGGGGGAGAUGCCUGAGGUCCCCGAAGCCACGCAGCUCGCAAAGGAGGAUGCCCAGAAAGCCAUGGCCAUUUUGGACAAGCACCUGUUGAACAACACUUUCAUGGUGGGACAUUCCAUCACAUUGGCUGACAUUUCAGUCUGCUGCGCCCUUGUAGACGGCAUGCAGAAAGUCUUCGAUGAGAACUUUCGGAAGCAGUACACCAACUUGAUGCGGUGGUUCAACACGUGCGUUGGCACGCCGGAGUUCAAGGCGAUCUUGGGCGAUGUCAAGCUCUGCAGCAAGGCUGGAGGCGCAGCGAAGGGGGGCAAGGCGGAGAAAGCAGCGCCCAAAGAGAAGCCCGCACCCAAGGAGAAGGCACAGAAGGCAGAGAAGGCAGAGAAGCCUGCUGCCAAGGAGAAAGCCGCUCCGAAGGAGAAGGCCGCGCCGAAGGAGAAGGCGGCCCCCAAGGAAAAGGCGGGAAAGAAGGAGAAGGCGAAGGAAGAAAAGGCUGAGAAGACAGAAGAGAAGGAGAAGGAGCUCACGCCCGAAGAGAAAGAGAAGCUUCGCAAGGACAAGCUCAAGAAGGUCAUCAAGGAAGGUGGAAAGCGAGGAGUUGAAAUUGAGGGCGCAGCGGACAUGGGUGGGCUGCAGUUCUUCUGCACUGCCGUGGAGCUGCCUGAUGGAGACCUCGACCUCCUGAUGACUUCCAUGGAAGCCAUGAACGCCAAGAGCGAUCCUGGCGAGGAGGAGCGAAAGGGCGGAUCAGGUCACAUUGGUAAGAUGAUCUUCUCCGUGGGAGUGGAACAAUUGGCUGUUUGUGCCUAUGUCCCGGAAGCGAAGAAGGCGGAGCUGAACUGCAAGGAGUGGCUGGAGACCGUCCUGAAAACCCAAGGGGGGGAGGUCGUGACCACAAGUGACACCAUCUGCACCGGAAAGGUUAAGACGGAUGCUGACAAGGGCGUCUUCCCCUUGAAGAUUCGGGAGCCCAUGAUCCUGGAAGCAAACAACUUCCUCAGGAAGAAGGGCCUCUUCCCGGAUAAUGACGACGACGAUGAUGAGUGCGUCUUCGGAGACGACGACUUCCCUGCCUAG